AUGACCGAAGAGAACUAUCGUCCACGAUCGCCCGACUUUUCCUCUUCUUCUCCUUCUCACCCCAACUCCCACGCCAGCUCCAACUUCGCCUUCAACCCCACUCCCAGCGCGCCGCAGAGCCCCGUCAACCAGCGCGCCUCCUACGACACCUCUCCCUUCUUCGCCUCGUCCUAUCAACGCCCCACCUCGAGUCGCGUUCCCCAACAGUACGUGCCUCCUUUCCACGACUUCGACGAGAUGGCCCGUCGCUCAUCGCGUUUGCAGUCCGCGGACGCGCCCGUCCCCGCGGCCCCCGAAACAAUGCCCGCCAUCGCCCCCGUCCCGGAGGAGACCCUCCACACUCGCCCCGGAGCUGGCAUCGAGGUGAAGACCAAGUUCCCCGUCGCGCGCAUCAAGCGCAUCAUGCAAGCCGACGAGGAUGUGGGCAAGGUGGCUCAAGUCACUCCCAUUGCAGUCUCCAAAGCACUGGAGCUCUUCAUGAUCUCCCUCGUCACCAAAGCCGCCCAAGAAGCCAAGGAGCGCAACUCCAAGCGCGUCACCGCCACCCACCUCAAACAUGCGGUCGCCAAAGACGAAGUGCUCGAUUUCCUAGCAGAUAUCAUCGCCAAGGUCCCCGAUGCCCCUGCUAGCCGGAAACACGAAGAUGACGGCAGUGAUCAAAAUGAGGGCCGUCGGAAGCGGGGUGGACGGCGACCCAAGGAGGAGACUAGUUCUGUGGUCGGAACUCAAAAGCUGUACGUGGUGGAAGAAGUACUACUUCGUCCGGCGGAUGCUGGCGAUCGACGCGUGAAUACACGCAGUUCCCACUGGCUCCACUCGACCCUCGACCCCGUCAACUCCUCUUUCCCCCCUCAUGUCGUGAGACCAUGCUGCUACAGAAUGGACUUUUGGUCUCGUCUCGUCGGCGGCUCACGCGCGCCGUCCAAGCCCUCUCGGGCCACAUCGCCCACUGAACGACUGACGGCCUUCAAACGGUCUUGCAAUGCUCUCCAGCAAAUCUGGCGCUCCACCAAUACCCCCUCCGCGGAGCAGUCAACUGCCCACGCGCGCGCCUACAUCGAACGACUCAACUCCAUCCUCAGCGACGAGUCCCGCGGUCCAGCGCCGCACCCCUGCGUCGCCUACGCGGCAUCGUCGCAGAUCUUCGUGACGGUCACGAAGCUCGCUUUAUCGUACUACGACGACAACGUGCUGCGAUCCGCCACGGUGUUCUUCAACACGCUUAUUGAUGCCGAGGUCGACGGCUUGGUGGAUAAUCGGCUCUUUGCUCGCGCGCUGGUCGAUCUGGUUCGUCGGGCCGACAAGGCAUCUACUGAAAUUGAAGGUCGAUUGGUGGAGUUGCUGUUUGGCAUUGCCAACAAUAUCCGUCUGCAACCGGCCAUCCUGCCCGCGUGGUUUGUGCCUCGGGCUACGCCUGUCGGGCAGGAUAGUGAAUCGGUAGCGCCGAGUAGUACCGAGUUUGCCGGUGCGACGCGCAAGGACGAGUUCCCGCUGUUUUACCUGCUAGUGGAAUACGUCCAUAAUGAGGGACGCGCGGGCGACUUUGCUCGCACGGGACUGCUGUACCUGAUCGAGACCGCGUCGCGCUCGAAGAAUCUGGAGAAAUGGUUGAUUGAGAGUGACCUGGCCACACUGAUGGCGACGGGUCUGGGUGCGUUGUAUAGUCAGUUGGGCGGGUUGACAUUUACACCUACGGACGAGAACGUGCCCCGUAUCAUCGCACUAUCAGAUCAUGCCAAGGAAGAAACGGCGUUGCAUCCUGCAUUGAGCGAGGCAAUGGAUGCCUUUAUGUCUUAUCUGCUAUUCUGGCAAGAUACCAUCGACCAUUGCAAGUCUACCGAAGUGAACGACACCCUUCUGGAUCAUUUCCAGGUUCUUUUCCUCGAGCAACUUUUAUACCCUUCUUUGUUGGAGUCUUCGGAUGUGGCAGGAGGCUCUACUGCGGCAGUCCUGACUUAUCUCUACCGUAUCCUUGACUCGAUUGAUCAAGGAGAGCUGGUCCAUCGAAUUUUGCAUUUUUUGCUAGCUUCCUCUCCACCGCCAGAAGAACAAAUGUCCAUGUCUAUUAGCCGUCGGAAGUCCCUCGAUGUUCUAGCUGCAUUGGUAUCGGACGCCGCCCAGCCCUCCCCUUCACUCUUCAACCUGCGUGAUCUGGCGCUGCUUGGACUUCAUUCUUCAAACCGACAAACUGUGCUGGCCACGUUGCGUCUGUUGAAUGUCGUCUUACAGCGACACCAUCCUUUUGCCCGUGCUCUGAUCCACACGGUCCCUAGUCAGCCAGCACGGCAGCGGACCGUUGGCGCGUUCAAUGCAGAACUGGAACAUCUCCUCGGACUAGGCACGUCACUCAUCGCUGAGCCUACCCUGAACGACUCAUACGAGAACUACGUUGCGGAUGCCACCUGGGUACUUGAGUCACGCCUGUGUCUUCCAGUCAGCAUGGAUGAGUCCGAAGAUGAAAUUCCACUACCGCUGCAGCUUCAGCAGGAUGAUCCUAUCGUUCAGGCUCUUCUCGUAUGUGUCGAGAACUUCUUUACCAACAGCGUUAUUGUUAACCUUGCCCUGACCGGGGUUCUCAUGAGUCUGGCCUCUUCGCAUCUGUUCUCCCUGGAUGGCUGGGUCUUGGUCGACCCCGUCCAAUACAACACCCCUUCACAAGAGAACUCUUCUGACGAAACUGAUAAUAUCCGUCGUGCUUAUCAAACACCGACAUGGCCCGCCAGUGCCGCCCCGACAUUAACGUCAGCCCUCGAACAGCUGGUAACUAAGGUCCGCGAAUGGCAACAAGAACUACCAGACUUUGAUGUCCUGGUCGCAGCCCGACGGGAGCUCCUACACCAGGAAGAUCGGCCACAUACGCCAGACCGCUCUCGAGAACCAUCCGAGCCUCCAAUCCCAGCCUCCGGCGAUCGUUCCCAUCUGUCCUACCCCGGAUCCCCGGAUCCCUCCGCUCCAGCAUCCCGCGGCCGAUCGCCGCAGCCCAUCAGCUCCCCUCCAAUGGCACCCAGCUCGAUGAGGGGUGAAUCCAUCGUCCGGCCCCUAGAAUCACGCACCUCGUCUACCUCUCGCAUCGCCGCAAUGGACGCCCUCCGCCAACGACUCGCUACACCGUUCCCGACACCAACUGCACAGCCAAACACCACGGAGUCGGCCGGGGAAACAGCUACGACGGAGGACGUGAAUGCAGAGGCAGAUGAUACCCCGGUAGCAACCCUAGGCCACGUCCUGACCAACGUGGUGAUCUUGUACGAGUUCCUGCUGGAGCUCUCGGCUGUGGUCCAAGCACGUGGGAGUCUUUUUGAAGAAGCGGGAUAUAUUUGUAAUUAG